ACCUGCACGGCCGCGGGCGGCAAGAGGCGGCGAACAAAUAGUCCCCGGCGCCUCCUCCGGCCGCGGUCGGGCGCCGCCGCUGCAGCCGCCGCCGGGCUGGCCGAGCCCCGCCGGACCGGGCUGGCCGCGCGGACCGGGCUCCUGGGCUCUAAUUGCGGCGCUUAUGUUGAUGAUGAUUUUUUUUUUUUAAAUCACAGCAGCCCCCAGUUUAGCGGACUGAUUUACUCCCGGUAUUGGUAAAUAUGAUCACGUGGGCCGCGCGACCAAUGGUGGAGGCUGCAGCCUGCGAACUAGUCGGCGGCUCGGGCGCCGGCGGGGAGCGGCGCGGCGGCGGGCAGUGUAACCUUGGGUGGGAGCGCGCGGCGCCUCAAAAUGUCCUCCAGUGGCACCCUCAGCAACUACUACGUGGACUCGCUCAUAGGCCAUGAGGGCGACGAGGUGUUCGCCGCGCGCUUCGGCCCGCCGGGGCCCGGCGCGCAGGGCAGGCCCACAGGUGUGGCCGACAGCCCGGCCGCCGCCGCCGCCGAGUUUGCCUCGUGUAGUUUUGCCCCCAAAUCGGCCGUGUUCUCCGCCUCGUGGUCCGCGGUGCCCGCCCAGCCCCCGGCGGCGGCGGCGAUGAGCGGCCUGUACCACCCGUACGUGCCCCCGCCGCCCCUGGCCGCCGCCGCCUCCGAGCCCGGCCGCUACAUGCGCUCCUGGAUGGAGCCGCUGCCCGGGUUUCCCGGCGGCGCGGGCGGCGCGGGCGGCGGCGGCGGCGGCGGCGGGAGCGGCGGGGGCGGAGGCGGCCCGGGCCCUGGUCCCAGCCCCGGCCCCAGCGGCCCACCCAACGGGCGCCACUACGGGAUUAAGCCUGAAACCGGAGCGGCCCCGACCCCCGCCGCCGCCGCCACCUCCACCUCCUCCUCCACUUCCACGUCUUCCUCCUCCAAACGGACUGAGUGCUCCGCGGCCCGGGAGUCCCAGGGGAGCGGCGGCCCCGAGUUCUCCUGCAACUCGUUCCUACGGGACAAGGCGGCAGCGGCGGCUGGGGGACCCGGGCCCGGGGCAGGGAUCGGGGCCGGGGCCGGGGCCGGGGCAGGCGGCUCGUCGGAGCCCUCGGCUUGCAGCGACCACCCGAGCCCGGGCUGCCCACUGAAGGAGGAGGAGAAGCAGCAUCCGCAGCCGCCGCAGCAGCAACUUGACCCAAACAACCCUGCAGCAAACUGGAUCCACGCUCGCUCCACCCGGAAAAAGCGCUGUCCCUACACCAAAUACCAGACGCUUGAGCUGGAGAAGGAAUUCCUCUUUAACAUGUACCUCACCCGGGACCGGCGCUAUGAGGUGGCAAGGAUUCUGAACCUCACAGAGAGACAGGUCAAAAUCUGGUUCCAGAAUCGUAGAAUGAAAAUGAAAAAGAUGAGCAAGGAGAAAUGCCCCAAAGGAGACUGACCCGGCGCGGCGCCGGCGGGACCACUCUGCGCUGCAAAGGCAGUGGGGUUUUUUGUUGUUGUUUGUUCGUGGAUGCUUGAUUUCCAGAAAUUCUCCAGCGAUUCGGACAUUUCCUCUCCCCCAUCCCCGCCCUUUUUAGGUAGAAGUGACUGUGUGGUUGGUCUCUGUGAGGUAUUUGGGGGACUCUGUAUUUGCUCGCUUAUGUGUCGGAGAAACGAAGUGGCUUUGGGGUUUUGCCUUUUCCCCCGCUCCCUCCCUUGACUGAAACGUUGGUUCCAUAGGAAAUGCUAUAUUUUGUGAGUGCACGCUGGAUUGAGGGGCCCUCUCCUGUGUAAAUGUUCCCUAGGUUUCUGAAAAGUGCUGUAGUUUAGCAAUCCCAGCGUUGCUCAAGCAGGGGCCAAGUGUGCCCCACUUCUGAGGAUGAAGGCAGAGCGGCCGCAGUGGGAGGCCCACCGGGUGCCCACUAGUUACGAGGGUCCCCUUUCCUCAGGGAGCCCCGGGGGCCCUCCACUGAGACGGGGAAGGAGGCCUAGAGGGGAGCCCAGGGCCUCUGGUGGGUCGGGGGUCUAUUCUCAGUGCACUGGAGGAGCCACUCUCUCCUCGGAGGGCUCUGCUUGCGUGGGCGGCCGCGCGUGGAGGCCCUCUGGGUUCCUGCCUGAGAACCAGUUGUAAAUGUUACCGCUUCCUACCAAUAAAUGCUGACCUGAUCAAAUGG